CUGCCCGCUAUAAGUACAUACACUUCCAGUCCCCUCGGGUACGCGACUUGCCACGCAGAGUACCAAUGCCAGCCUACUGUCUCCAGGACUGUCACUAUUUCUUCCGCAGUGCUCUGCGGUUGCUCUCUAUCUCUACCUCUAUAUCGCCGCUCUACGCUUAGCUAACGUCCCUUCUUCCACCAUGGCAGUCCGCACCUUCACCCAACCAGGCUCACUGGACGAGUCUCUAGCCACUGUUGAUCUCAAGAUGGCAGCAGCUCAGACAAACGGCGUCCCGCGGUCUGCGGAAGCGGCCAAAGAGAAAGAGCACUCAUACUCUCACGAGGAGAAGAGCCCUCUUGCAUCUCACACAAACCCCAAGUCGAAGCCGGGCAUCACGUUUGCAGCCCAAGACCGUCUCCCCAAGCUCCCUAUACCAGUCCUAGAAUCUUCUGUCAACAAGUACAUCCGUGCCUUGAAGCCACUACAAAGCCCUAAGGAGAGCCAUGACACUGCCGCCGCUGUGUCCGAGUUUCUAAAGGCAGAUGGACCCGAUCUACAGGAGAAGCUGAAGAAGUAUGCCAACGGGAAAGCCAAUUACAUCGAGCAGUUCUGGUACGACUCCUACCUCAACUUCGACAAUCCUGUAGUCCUGAAUCUCAACCCGUUCUUCCUUCUUGAAGACGACCCGACUCCAGCGAGAAAUAAUCAGGUCAACCGUGCGGCAUCACUGGUCGUCUCAGCUCUAUCAUUUGUCCGUGCUGUGAGGAAAGAAGAAUUGCCUCCUGACACAGUCCGAGGACAGCCACUAUGCAUGUACCAGUUCUCGAGACUAUUUGGAACCGCAAGGAUUCCCACCGAGAAUGGCUGUCAAAUUGGCCAAGAUCCGACUGCUAAGCACAUCGUUGUUCUCUGCCAUGGCCAGUUCUACUGGUUCGAUGUUCUAGACGACAAUUCAGAUCUCAUAAUGACUGAAAAGGAUGUAGCUCUCAACUUGCAGGUCAUUAUCGAGGAUGCUGCCGAAGUACCCAUCCUGGAAGCAGCGAAAGGGGCUUUGGGCGUCCUGAGCACAGAGAACAGAAAGGUAUGGUCCGGUCUACGCGACGUGCUCCACCGAGAAGAAGGAUCGAACAACUCCGACUGCUUGAACAUUGUGGACUCGGCCUUAUUCAUCCUAUGUCUGGACUAUACCGAACCCCAGACUGGCGCUGACCUGUGCAUGAACAUGCUCUGCGGGUCUAGCAAAGUCGAGCGGGGUGUGCAGGUUGGGACUUGUACGAAUCGUUGGUAUGACAAGCUGCAAAUCAUAGUCUGCAAAAACGGAAGCGCAGGAAUCAAUUUCGAGCAUACUGGUGUCGACGGUCACACGGUACUGCGCUUUGCUAGCGAUGUCUACACUGAUACCAUUCUCCGAUUUGCUCGGACCAUCAACGGACAAGCGCCAAGUCUGUGGGCUUCGACGAGCCCAGAUCCAGCGAAACGGGAUCCAGAUAGCUUCGGGGACGUUCAGACGACGCCUCAUAAACUCGAGUGGGAUAUGUUGCCGGAGCUUAGCACCGCCCUACGGUUUGCCGAAACUCGGCUCGCAGAUCUCAUCCAGCAAAAUGAGUUUGAGACGCUCGAAUUCCAAGAGUACGGCAAGAACUUCAUCACUUCUAUGGGAUUCUCACCAGAUGCCUUCGUUCAGAUGGCCUUCCAGGCAGCGUACUACGGCCUCUAUGGAAGAAUUGAAAAUGUAUACGAGCCUGCAAUGACGAAAGCGUUUUUCCAUGGGCGAACGGAAGCUAUUCGACCGGUUACUGAAGAAUCGGUUGAGUUUGUACGCACUUUCUGGGCGGAAAAUCCAGCAGCCCAGAAAGUCGAGACUCUCCGAAAAGCUACCCAAAGGCACACAGAGAUUACUAGGGAUUGUGCCAAAGCUCAAGGCCCAGAUCGCCACCUGUAUGCCCUGUACUGCAUCUGGCAGCGUGCCAUUGACGAAGAGGGUGCCGAGAUGGCUAGCAGCGACGGCAUGGAUUCGACACGACCAAAUAGCCCCAACGGGUCUGAAAGAGUGAACUCUGUCAUCGGUUCGCCAGCUCGAAACUCAGUGAUCUCUGAUAACGGCUCCAUAUCCAGCUCUCCGCCUACGCACCCUGUCCAGCACUCGAUGCCUGCGCUGUUUGCUGACUCGGGAUGGGACAAACUAAACACGACGAUUCUGUCAACGUCAAACUGUGGCAAUCCAUCUCUUCGCCAGUUUGGUUUUGGGCCCACUUCAGGUGACGGGUUUGGUAUCGGCUACAUCAUCAAAGACGGCAGCAUUUCGAUCUGCGCGUCGUCUAAACACCGACAAACGAAACGAUUCAUUGAUGCACUUGAGUCAUAUUUCCUUGAGAUACGAAAGCUGCUCAGACAAAUAAAGCGUCGCGGCGCCUCACAGGAUAAGACAGCUUCACGGGCCCGUGAGGCUGAGGACAAACACCGACCAAAGAGCGGCCGCAUGAAGAGCCGCGGCCGCAUCAUCCUCGCGGACGGAAAAGCGCAGACACCCACCACGGAAAGCGCCGCCGAAUCCGACGAUGAAGGUCUCGGAGGAUGUACGAAACCCCCUUCCCUAGAGUCAGAUCCUGCAUUCACUGCGUUGCCCAUGCCUGCAUUGCCCCCGACACCACCGCAUUCGCCUUCGUUCAAAGCGUCAAUUCUCAACUCUCCGCGUCGCCGCCUGGAAUUAACUCCGCCGCGGAAUGCGCGGAGGGUUGUGAAGAGACCGCACCCUCAUGUCUUUUCCUAGAUUUAUUUUCAUCUCAUCGUCACCUAUUCAUUUCCGUCCUCAAGAGUCCCCGUUUUCCUAUCAUCCCGUCACAGAUACCCAAGAUCUAGACACUAGAAUUACACUCCCCGUCACAAACUAUACGCUUGUCCUUCUUUCAAUCUAUUCUCAUUUGCUGAUUUUAUUGUUUUCUCUAGAUGGCUUCUUCGACGCGGGCAUGUUACUACAAGCCCUGAAGGCAAAGGAGGAAGGCCCCGCCGAGACCGAGAAGGAUGUUGUGCGAAGGAACAUUGGGAGGAGGCUGAAGCUAGCUGAUUAUUGAUGAUUGCACGGGAAG